AUGCCAGACGAACCCAUCAGAAGAGGAGGAGGUGGCGGAGCCACCUGCCGCUGCUACCCACUUGGGUUCAAGGUGUUUGUUGCUAUAGAGAAGGGUGGGAGCGGAGAUGGCUACCUCACUGUAGGAGUCGGGGUAGAAACAGCAACAAAGUGGCGUCAGGUAGUGGCUGUGGGCGGCGAUGGCGGCUCCGACGGACUCCUGCUGUUUCGUUUCGGGCUUCUGGUUGACGGAACUGCGAGUGGAGAUGAAAGUUCGAUUUGCUACAUUUGA